AUGGGAGACAUUGCAAUUGAUUUAGUGACUAGAAGUGAGAGAAAAAGUAUUUAUUUCGACAAUCUUUGCUUCUCUGUGUCUAAACCUGAGAGAAUUGAUAUUCUGAAGAAUCUUCGUGGAUACUUCAAUGCAGGACGACUUAGUGCAAUUAUUGGACCAUCAGGAGCUGGAAAGUCGACUUUUCUCAAUAUUUUAUCUGGUUUUAAAAAACCUUCUAACGAGAGUACUUUACUAAUAAACGGCGAAAGAAUUAGUCAGAGUUUUAUUAGGAAAAAUUCAGCAUACAUUGCGCAGGAUACAACGUUUUUGGGUAAACUCACAACGAAAGAAACGUUGGAAUAUGCUGCAAAAUUUAAAUUACCAACAAAUACUUCAAUAUCCGAAAGAUCGACUAUAGUAAGACUUAGAAUUGACGAUAUUGUGAAACUCCUAGGUUUAGAAAAAUGCCUCCACAAUCAUGUUGAGAAGCUUUCAGGUGGCGAAUGGAAGCGCUUAGCAAUUGGUGAGGAGUUGAUCACCAAUCCUCCUGUUAUGAUCUUCGAUGAACCAACAAGUGGUCUAGAUAGUGUCUCAACGAUACAAGUUGUAAAGCAUCUGAAGGAUCUAGCACAAUCGGGUAGAACGGUAAUUUGCGUGAUUCAUCAACUCUCAUCGCUCGUAUUGGAGUACUUUGACGAUGUCUAUGUCCUUUCAAAUGGACAGUGCAUCUACAAUGGGUCAGUUGAGGACAUAGUUCCGAGAUUUCAGGAAGCUGGCUUCUACUGCCCUCAAUACUACAAUCGUGCCGAUUUUAUUCUCGACGUUGCAAGUGGGCAGCGACAGGGAAAUCUUGAGCUUCUCCUCUCAAAAGCCAGAGAGAAUAUCCAGAUGCAAGAUAUGAUUGAAAAGAGUUUUCAUGCUAUAAAUACUAGCACAAAUGGUAAGUUGAUAAAGUAA